AGCCAGAUGAUGAGUACGUGGAAGUGGAGGUUGAGCCGGACGAGCACAUGGAUGAGCCCGUGGGUGAGGACGUUGCUGCUGGUGUUCCCGAGGCGGAGAACCCCUUCGCAAUGACGGGGCCAUCAACCUUCCCGUGUCCAACGUGCCAGGCAGAGUGCUUCAGGCAACAUCACUGCCUCCGCUGCCGGCAUCGCCUUGCAGAUUCACGCGGGGAGGAUCGCCGCUUCAUUCAGGCUGCCCAGCGCCAGAACCGGAUUCUGGACCGCUUAGCAACCGUCGGCGUGUCGGUCCACAGCCCCUAUGAACUGCAAAAGCUGGCGAAGCACACCAAAGAUGAGGAACGUGGACAGAUGAGUUACGAGGCUCACACGAUCCGCAAGGCGAAGGACAAGGUCCAGCGUGCCCUCAAGAUCAAAGGCACCAACUACAGGAAUUUGGCGGACCGCUUUGACAAGGACCCCACUUUCGCAGCCCGGCAGGCGGAAAACGGUUUGACGCGCAUGAACAUGCGUCGUCUCCAGGUUUAUGCCACUGGAUUUUUGCCAGCACCCGGUCGUACCCGCCAGCAAGUCAUCCUCGGGGCGUUUGCCAUCGAGGAGCUGCAAGCCUUGGGGUUGGCGGAUGAAAACAUGACCGUCAACAUGGGUGUGGGCUGGCACGGCACGUUCAUGGAUGUUGCCACGUUUGCGGGGUUGGCCCUCGGCAACGAGGAUGCCCGAAAGGUGCUCACCUUCAACGGCCUGGUCAAUUUGCAGGCCAUCAACCUCGAGGCUCUCAAGACCGAGAUCAGUGAGCUGAUAGUGGCUAAUCAUGCGCCGGCCAAGGCUAAGGUCAGGUCCGACCAGCCGGCCGCACAUGGUAUUCGGCCGCCGAAUGGCGCC